AUGCCGCGACCGCCAGCGCUGGCGACGACGACGACGACGCGCGAGGGACGCGCGACGCGCGACGCGACGCGGACGAACGCGGUCGACAGCGCGAAGAGCGUCGACGUCGACGCGACGACGACGCGGGACGGCGCGGAGGCGAUCGCGCGGGACGAGGGACUGCGAGGACACGAGGAACACUUGAAGUAUCGGUACGCGACGUAUCGAGCGCGGCGAGAGGCGAUCGAAAGCGCGGAGGGAUCGCUGGAUGCGUUUUCGAAAUCGUACGAAAAGUACGGGUUUAACGCGGAUGAAAAGAGCGGGGAGAUCACGUACCGGGAGUGGGCGCCGGCGGCGGCGCACUGCGCGUUGAUCGGGGACUUUAACGGGUGGAACGGCGAGGCGACGGCGAUGACGCGGGACGAGUACGGAACGUGGGAGGUGAAGCUGCCGAAGGGAGCGAUCGAGCACGGAUCUCGGGUGAAGGUGAGGAUUUUUACCGGGGAUGGCGCGCAGAUCGAUCGCGUGCCGGCGUGGGUGCGCCGGGCGACGGUCGAGGAGGGAGUGAUGGGCGCCGGAUACGACGGCGUCUACUGGGCGCCCGAGGAAAAGUACGAGUUCAAACACGCGGCGCCGAAAAAGCCGCAGGCGUCGCGAAUUUACGAAGCGCACGUUGGGAUGAGCUCGAACGAUGCCAAGGUGAACUCUUACCGCGAGUUCGCCGAUGAUGUUUUGCCGAGAAUCGCCGCCGGUGGGUACAACACCGUGCAACUCAUGGCGGUGAUGGAGCACGCGUACUACGGAUCCUUCGGCUACCACGUCACGAGUCCGUUCGCGGUGUCGUCGCGAAGCGGGACGCCUGAAGACUUGAAGUACUUGGUCGACAAGGCGCACGGCUUGGGCGUGCGCGUGUUGCUCGAUAUCGUGCACUCGCACGCGUCGAGCAACGUCAAUGACGGCAUCGCCGGAUUUGAUUUCGGACAACGCGCCGAGGAUUCGUACUUCGGUCAAGGCGAGGCUGGCUAUCACUGGUUGUGGGACUCUCGCCUGUACAAGUACGACAACUGGGAAGUGUUGCGGUAUUUGCUCUCGAACUUACGCUACUGGGUCGACGAGUACAAAUUGGACGGCUUCCGAUUCGACGGCGUCACGUCGAUGCUGUACCAUCACCACGGAUUACAAAUGGAAUUUUCCGGUGAUUACGAACAAUACUUUUCUACCGCCACGAACGUCGACGGUGUUGUGUACUUGAUGCUCGCGAACGAGAUGCUUCACUCGUUGUACCCUGAAAUUGAAGUCAUCGCGGAGGACGUGAGCGGCAUGCCCACGUUGUGCUUGCCCGUCAACGAAGGCGGCGUCGGUUUCGACGCUCGUUUGGCCAUGUCCAUCCCCGACUUUUGGGUGAAGUAUCUGAAAGAACGCCCCGAUGAGCAAUGGAGCAUGUUCGAAAUGGUGAGCACGCUGUGCAACCGCCGUUACACCGAGAAGGCCAUCGCGUACGUCGAGUCGCACGAUCAAUCCAUCGUCGGCGACAAGACGACGGCGUUUUGGUUGAUGGAUGCGGAAAUGUACUCUGGUAUGUCCACUUUGAACGAACCAUCCAUCGUGAUCCAACGCGGCAUCGCGCUUCACAAGAUGAUGCGUCUCGUCACCGCUUCUCUCGGCGGUGAGGGCUACCUUACCUUCAUGGGCAACGAGUUCGGGCAUCCCGAGUGGGUGGAUUUCCCGCGCGAAGGCAACAACUGGAGCCACGACUACUGCCGCCGACGCUGGGACUUGGCCGACGCCGACCACUUGCGUUACCAACACCUUCUCAAGUUCGACAAAGCCAUGCUCGCGCUGGACAACGAUUACCCGUACAUGGGUGCCGCCCACCAACACGUGAGCACCGCCGACGACGGUCGCCAGAUCCUCGUCUUCGAGCGCGGCGACCUCCUCUUCGUCUUCAACUUCCAUCCCACGAACACGUACGAAGGGCUCGAGAUCGGCGUCCCCGAGCAAGGCAAAUACCGUCUCGCUCUCGAUACCGACGCCGGUGAAUUCGGCGGCGCCUCCCGAUGCGGUUUCGGCGUCGAUCACUUCACCUCGCCCGAGCCCGUCGAGAGCUGGGUCGGCCCGUACGAGCAAACGCCUCGCGCGGCGAAGAUGUUCGUCUUAUCGCCCAGUCGCAGCGCUCAGGUGUACUACCGCGUGCACGAGCACACGCCCGUAUCUUCCGAGCCAUCGACCGAGGAUAUCGUGCGCGAGAACGACGCCUCCGCCUCCAACGCGCGUUAG